AUGCCUUACUUUCAGCUGCCGUGCAAGCAGGUGGAACUCUGGGUGGAACUCAUUCCUGCCUUUGCCGACGCAGCGGCGCUCGCCGCUUCCUGCUCGGGAAGCGGGAGCCGGAACGCCGUCCCCAGCGCCUUGACCUCGAGACCCACGGCGGUGGUGCUCCACCAGCACCACCACUACCUCCCAAAGACCAUCAACCCAUCGCCUCAGGCUCGACCUCCUCGAGCCAGGUCGCCGCCGCGGCUCGCCCAACCUACGCUUUCGACCCUACCAAGCCCGUCCUCGUCGUCAUUUCGCCAAUCAUCUCCCUCGCGGCGAGCGCGAUCCCGCAGAUCCAGGACGAGCAGAUUCGCUCGAGCUUCAAUGUUGUUUCGAUCGAUCCGAGAUCCCAUGGACGAUCCAGAGGUGUGAUCAAGUCGACCUAUGACAGGUGGACCGCCGCUGCGGAUGUUGCCUGUGUCAUGGAGGCUUUGCAGCUGCCGCCGUCCCAUGUCUAUGCCCCGAGCUCGCCGUGCUUCCAGAUCGCGCUCAACCUCGCCAUUUUGUUUCCCGAACUUGUGAGUUGUAACAGUGAAUCGUCUAUCGUCAUGAGAUCCUACUUGCUCAUAUCUUGGUCUGUACCGCCCGCAGGUCUUGAGUCUCUCUUUCGCUGCAGUCACCGGGCUCUACGCCUUGCCGAAAAGCUUGCCCCAAACGCUCGACCUCGAGCAGAGCUGGCAAUGCCCUCUGGAUCCUGAAGAAUUUGAAGAAGCCCUCGGAGGACUGGGUAUGUCUUACUGCACACACGCACCCAUAAAUACGGCCUGGAGGCGAUUGCUUCCGGUAGUCGGCAGAGCCAGUGUGCUGACUUGCUCGUCUCCAUCUCCCGGCCGUCCGUCCACAGAGCACAACCUCUUUUCUGGCUGCGAUGGUCCAGAGAUGGUCCAGAUUGUCGACAAGACGAUGGGUGUAAUCUCGAGGGUGCGUCUCAUCUGGGUGCACAGCCUGAACAGCUGGAUGACCUUCUCUGACACUCGUGUUGCCAUCUAACAGAGGUACAACCAGUACAAGGCGGCUCGCACUUUUGAGGUUUGUCGCGGAAACCAGUACACACCUCAACCCUCUACUCUUGGUCCAGCUUCGGUGCGAGUACCUGUGCUCAUCAUGCACGGGACAAAGGACCUUACAAGUUCCAUGGAGGAGGCCCACGAAGUGCAACAAGCGUUGACUCAGGCCAAAGUCGAGUUCCACGAGAUCGAAGGUGGACCCAACAUGCUCUAUUUGACACACGCGGAAGAGGCCACCACACUCCUCCGAUCGUUCUUGAGGCGCCACACCUCUAGCGUCUAUGGCACCGACUUUGUUGUGAGCGCCUCGUCCCCUCCCGCAGCGGUCAACUUCGACCGAGCACUGCUGCGCGCCGCAAGAUUGUCCAGCGACUCGCGCAUCAAGCGUCGCGAACCGCGGAUACCUGACUCGUUCUCACUCGUCUCAGCGACCGUAAAGGACGAAUCGACGAGGCAGAUAGAUCGUUUGCAGAAGCGAGCGCACGCUCUACGAUUCGUCAUUCCCGGAACGGAGGAUCCCGAGCCGUGGGAUGCCAACUAUACCCAGAAUCGGCCUUGGAAGUGAGCGUUCUCCCGGUCCUAUUGACUCAGAUAAAAUUCAGAGCUGAGCUGAGUGCUCUCUUUGUCUCUUCACCUCAGAUGGUCCCAGCGCCACGUUUACACUGAUCCCGCCGGCGGUGUCCGAACGUCAGUCGCUUCGGAGAUCGAGGUCCAGGUGGCUGUCCAACAGGCUCGAGAAGAGCACCGAAUAGGUGGAUCGUCGAGCCAUAGCUUUGAUGAGUGGGAAAGCGAUGAUGGCAGCGAAUCGUCGGACAUGGUUCAAACCCCCGAGUCGCACAGCGCCUGUCCUCAUUUCCAAGGCUGCUUUGUCCCCACGCGAGCGGGAGGAGAUGAGGGAUUGGAUUGCUCGGUCAGGUAG